CUAGGGAAUAACUCUAAGCCAGUGACUCCCGCAACCCGAUAAAGCUCAUGGGCAUUUUCUAUUCCUCGUUCUCGAUCACGCAAUCUUCUUCAUUACAAGUCUGCUCCAACUUGGCUCUUUUAUUUUUAAUUAUCCAUUAAUUAUAAUUUUUCAUUAUUGUUAUUAUUAUUAAUCACUACCAUUAGUGCGGUUUUUUUAAUGCCACACUGGCUACCAGCUCCAGAAAUUGCGCGCGUCAUAUAGAGGGUUGAUAAAAAUUACCAGCACCCAGCACCCUCUUACGAUUGUGGGUCCAUUCCACGAACUGUCAACUAGUCGGAGACAUUUGGAGGUUAGCAAACCCAACUGACAACUGACAGCUGAAUAAAUAAAAUAAGUUACAAAUAAAAAUAAUAAGUGGAAGUAAAAAAUGAAAAUGGUGCUGAGGGUAUUUACACUACUCACAAUUGUAUGUAUUAUUCAAUUAUUAUCGAGAUGCGAGGCUGCUUCAGCGCACAUCAGAAGUCAUCAGCACAAAGGCAACGAGAGGCUGGAGGAUGGAGCAUUCAGUCCUAGAGACAGCGAUCAUUACGUUGAUGGAGAGCAUCACAAUGAGUUUGAUCAUGAAGCUAUUCUAGGUAGUGUCAAGGAAGCUGAAGAGUUUGAUAAAUUACCAGUAGCCGAAUCGAAAAAACGUCUGAGAAUUUUAUUAGAAAAAAUGGAUUUGAAUGGAGAUGAGUUUAUUGAGAGACAUGAACUGAAAGCCUGGAUUUUAAGAUCAUUUAGUUUGUUGACUGAAGAGGAAUCUAAAGAUAGACUAGAAGAUGCAGAUUCAAAUGAAGAUGGAAGAAUAAGCUGGGAAGAAAUUCUUCAUGACACUUACGGGUCUGAUCCAGAAGAUUUGGCCAUUGAUGAGAAGCUAGUGAGCGAUGACAAAGCAACCUUCGACAUGGCUGAUGAAAACAAAGAUGGAUUUUUAAGCGCUAAAGAAUUUAAAGCCUAUACGCAUCCUGAAGAGACUCCAAGAAUGUUUCCAUUCCUGUUGGACCAGGCUCUCGAUGAAAAAGACUUAGAUAAAGACGGUUUUAUCAGUUUUCAAGAGUUCAUUGGAGUUAAAGCUAAGAAUGAGAACAAAGAGUGGCUGCUGGUGGAGAAAGACAAGUUUGAUCACGAGCAUGAUAAAAAUGGGGAUGGUAAAUUGGACUCUAGUGAAAUAUUGGCGUGGCUGGUACCCAGUAAUGAGGAAUUGGCAACCGAUGAAGUUGAUCAUUUGUUCGCAGCAUCAGACGAUGACCACGACAACAGACUGUCUUUUGAUGAAGUACUCGAGCACCAUGACGCAUUUGUUGGCAGUGAAGUGACUGACUACGGCGAUUAUCUCCAUGACAUUGAACGUUUCGCUGACGAGCUCUGAAACUUUAUUGUUAAUUGGUUUAAACAUAAACUAUUUAGGCGUAAAAUUAGUCAGAAACGUAAAUGUCUGAAAGCAUUUAUAAUAUUUUUUGAUGGGUGUCUUUUAUCAUUGAUAUACAACUUGAUCAUUUUCUUGUAUAUUUGCCAGUAAUUACAUUAUUUGUAAUUUAUUGUGCCAUAAAACGUUGUGUGUCUAAGGAGUGUGUGUAUUUGUUAUUAUGUAGAGAAGAAUGUUAAUUUAUGUGAAGCAACGCACUGAUCAUUGUUGUCUUCCACUAAUUACUCUUCGCCUACCAGCUACCAUAUGAACUAUUAAUUAUUACUUUUAUUAACUUUUACAUCACUAAUAUUUUAUUUAUAAUUACCUCAAUUAAUCUUAAUUAGUUACAUUUUUUAAUAUUAAUUAUUAAUAGUGUAAUUCUAUUGAGAUUUAAUUGCAACUGUUUUUUAUUAAUCUAAUAAAAAAUAAUUGAGUUGUGUUCGUUCCUAUUGCUAGAAUAAAAUUUGUAUUUAUUAAGCAAUUACUAACUGUAUAAUUAAUAAAAAAAUAAUUUAUUUACAAAACACAUAAUUAGAUGGUUUAAAAU